AUGGAACAAAAUCCUAAGAACAAAGUUAUUGUAGUCACAGGAGCAGCAAGAGGUAUAGGAUACGAAAUCGCUGACCAGUUCCUCAAGAAUGAGGCCAAAACAGUGAUUUUAUUAGACCUCAUUGAGACCUUAGGAGCCGAAGCUGCAAAAACACUAAAUGUUAAGUAUGGACAAGGAAAAGCUACUUUCAUAAAAUGUGACGUCACAAAAGAUUUGGACAAAGUGUCAAGUGAAAUAUUUCAGAAGUAUCACGUUGAUGUUCUUAUAAACAAUGCAGGGAUAUUAGACGAGUAUAACGCAAGAAGGACACUUGAAGUCAACCUUAUGGCACUAGUUGAUUGGAGUAUGAAAUUCUGGGAACAUUGGAGGACAGACAAAGGUGGUCGUGGAGGCAUAAUAUACAACGUAGCGUCUAUUUAUGGAUAUGAAUACAAUCCCUUUUCUGUUUUCUAUAAAACAUCUAAAAGUGCAGUGUUGGGUUUCACGCGAUCGUUAGGACAUCCUGUGAACUACAAACAAACUGGUGUGAAGGUAAUAGCAAUCUGUCCUGGUUUCACUGACACUGUUAUACAUUCUGGUAACAUGUGGGAGUGGCUGAAGGAAGAAUUCCAAAAAGUAAUGGAGACAGGAGUUGUAAUGCAAACACCAGAUACUGUUGGUAAGGCUGCGGUGGAAGUAUUUAAGAUAGCAAAUACAGGAGAUGUGUGGGUUUCGGAAAAUAAUGAACCCGUCAAACUGGCUCCAAUGUGUAAAGAAACGGCUUAAGUUUGUUCAAGUCGCUACGAUUGUAAAUAGAUUUAAGUUAAUAGCAUCUGUCUAACGUUGGUUUUCUUGUAC